AUGUUGGAGGGCCUCGAAGGGUUGCCCAUCGACAGACUCCCAGUCCCUCGUAUGUUCGAACUACCUGACCUCGCAUAUGGCGGCUCCCUGCAGGCACGCCAUCCAGUGCUGGCCAGUCGAGGCGAAGGGACCUCGGCCAUCGCCAAGUACGUCUUGACUGUGGCAAUAUCGAAAGCCAUUAAAUCUGGAGCGAACUGGUCUACUCAGAGUCUCGAAGAAGGGCACGCCGCUGCUGCUCUCGCCUCGGCAGUCCCACCAGUCCAAUGCCCCCCUAUAGACAUUCAACAGCUUUCUCAUUACCUCCACAGUAUGCGGGACUCUACUGAAGCCAUGAUACCCGCUGUAAGAAUCGCUCCGCUCACCGUUGUCAUCUUUUUCCUCCAGCUCCGUUCGAUGGUUCGCCACAUUGCUUCGCCAUACGAGCCCAUCCGCAAGCGGCGUUCAUGCAUUUUUGGCCUCAUUGGCUUGGGGGCCUUUGGAGACCUGGCAGCGACUGGCGACCCCCUCCUCUUGGACCUCCUUCGCUGUCCAGACGUGAUAGUGUCUGAUCUCACAGCGUGUGUUAUAGCCAUCAUCUCCUGCGAGGCCAUAGGGCGCUGGUUCAUGGCCGCUGAAUCCGGCGUUCUCAUACAGCUGGUCCACAACAUGCUACAGGCCCCCUAUGAUUCCCCAGCAUUCAUGCACUCCCUGGCUGCACUGCAAAGGCUUUCCAUGCGCUACCAUGCCCAGACGAUUAUGCUGCGAGAGAAUUUGGUGGAGGAGAUGAUGACUCGUAUCGAGCAGGGCACGAUGUCUCGAUUCGGCGUUCGAUGGGGCUUAGCACUGAUCUUGGUGUCUCUGAUAGCCUCUGAUGACAAUAUCAUCUGUGAGUCGACGUAUGAGCUCAUCGGCUACCUUCUAGUCGGCGCACCAUCGGAGACCUCCCGUAAGAUGGCUUCGUGA